CCAACACCUUGAAGAAGGCUGUCAGGAAGUUUCUGAGAGGUAGCUGCAGAUCCUGCACGUGGAGCCUCAAGAAGGGAACUGUCGGGCUGAGAUGGCGUCUUCUCGUGCUCCCAGACUCCUCCGGGAGGCGCUGCCGGAGAGAAGCGAGCUUCAGGAGAAGUACAAAGCGGACGUGACUCUGGAUCCGGACACGGCGGAAGAGUAUCUCAUAGUGUCUGAGGACAGGAAGUCCGUGACUGCAGCAGACUUCCCCCAGAGUCCACCCCCCAAUCCCAAGAGAUUUGAGCUUGUACCCUGUGUUCUGGGCGCCCAGGGGUUCACCUCAGGGAGACAUUACUGGGAGGUGGAUGUUGGGGAUCAGCGUCCGUGGGCUGUGGGGGUUGCCAUAGAGUCGGUGAAGAGGAAGGAAACACUCACUCUUAAGCCAGAGGAGGGGAUCUGGUGUUAUGAGUGCAGGUGGCCUCGGAGGGAUGCAGACGGCUCCUCUGAUGUGUCCUCACAGGGGUGUGUGAAGUCUGGGAAGAUCGGAGUUUGUCUGGAUUAUGAAGAGGGGUGGGUUGGAUUUUAUGAAGAUGACCAUACGACUGUGAUGUUGGCCUCCUUCAAGGAGGAAGUUGUUUUCCCCUUCUUGUACGUGGGCUUCCCGGUUACCCUCACAAUCUUGCCCUGAAGCAAAAUGGGACUCGACCUCCCACCCCAGGAAAGGCUCCCCUCUAGCCAUUUUCUGCACCGCCUGCUCUAGCCUCUGCAGCAUUGC